AUGGAACACCAAGGCACGCUCACCUGUCCAUUCUGCACCAAAUCCUUCCACAGCAAGAAGCAAAACACCCGCCACGUCCGGUACUGUCGGACGAAAGCCAAAGAUGGCACCCUCACACGCCGGAGAUGUUGCGUCGCCUGCAUCAAGGCCAAGACACGCUGCGACAUGGCUUUACCAGGAUGCUCACGAUGCGCCCACAAGGGUCUCCAGUGCCUUUACAAAUCCUCCAAGGCGCCAUCCAGCCUACCUGCCGGCCAUCAAGUAGAAGUAGCCCUGUCUCACAACGAGCUUCCCAAGCAAGGCUUGGAUGGCAGUCCUAAACAUAUUUCUAUCGGACGAGGAACCUCUCCGUACGACUUGGGGCACCUCUUUGAAGGGAAUAACUUCGACCACGCGCUUUCCACCGAUACGUGGCCUGAAUUGCAGUCGAAUCCAGGAACUAACAAUGCCAAUGAAACCGCGCUCCCAGAUGGCAUGCUAGCCCUCGUUUCAUCAGACCUCCUCUCUUGGAACGGCUCUUCCGAUCCUUUCCUUGCACCUCAGAUUGAUAAAAUUGAUAAUUUCAAGGAUCGAGUCGUCUUUGGCAGCUUCCAAAUCAUUGCCCUUUCGCCGUCAUUUGACUGGUUGGACACAGAAACUCUGUUGGCGAAGCGAGAUCUGAAAGCAGGUCCUCUUGGCUCUACUCUCAGCCGGGCAUAUUGCUUGAGCAUGUUGAGGUCCUACCCCGGAAUUUUAUGCCGCAAUGACGGAACGCUCCCGCCUUUCAUCCAUAUACAAUCUCGACCGUCUACGUCUGUCGAUAAUCACACGGUGGCGUUGGCUGAACCGCUGGCGACCUGUAGCAGUAUUAUGCGGAUGUACAUGGAGAGAUCUUCAGAGAACCUGGCUUUCAUAUGGAGGACUAUUCAAGCGGAGUCACGGCGAAUCAACGACGAGUACUGGUUUUACGAUACUUGGACUACACUUGCCUCUAUCCAAGCCAUGGCUAUAUACGUCAUUGUAGGUCUACUAGACGACAACAGCGACUAUGUUGCAGACAAACACCUCCUCGUGUCAAUGCUUGAGGCAACCAGAAGCCUAGCUGAGAAGCUUCGACCUAAUGGCUGGAUGUGCAAUGGAGAGGUCCAUGUUGGACAAAUCCCAACUUGGGAUGAAUGGGCGGAGGCUGAGUCUCGCCGACGCACAGCGAUACUUCUCGUCGUCGUCAUGCACCUAUUCAACAUCGAGUACGGCCCAGGUCUGCCCCAAUGCGGAGGCUUCGCCGAGCUGCCGCUACCCUGCAGCAAGACGCUAUGGCAAGCGUCAGAUCAAGCAACAUGGGAAGCAGAGUAUCGCAAGCAAUACAUGCGAGACGAUAGCUGCGGCCGAAGCUUCAAGAGGAUCCUGACAUAUCGAAACCUCUUGCAAGGCCAGAGCGACGCGACGAGCCCUUUGGGAACGGGGCAUCUGGGAGAAUGGUUUACUGACAUGGACGACUUUGGGACGCUUGUGAUGAUGGCCGUCUCGGGACUGUAG